AUGCACGACAAAGACACUUUAAAGAACCCUCUGAAACGACUGCAAGUCAAUCCGGAGACCCGGAAGGACCUCGCCCAGAACAGACCGGCAUGGAGGAGGGAAAUGAAGACUGGCGCAGCCAUCUACAAAGCAAAUUGGAUCGUCGCCGCCAAAGCCAAAAGAGAGGCUCAAAGGUCACAAGUUCCUCGACUCCUCACUGUCAACAGUCAGACGCUUCCGAGAUGUCCACGCUGCCGCCGCGCAUUCCGCGUGCGGAUCGGCCCCGGAGGACGACUUCGGACGCUAUGCGCUAACGACCCGACAAGUCUGCCUCCUCUACAACUCUUGCCUCUGCCGCUAACUCCGUGCCGACCGCCACCCUCGUCACCGCCGAUCGCACGUCGCUGUCCCGCCGCCACCAUCUGCACUACCCCAAUCCCUGCAUCGAUCGCAGCGGUCAGCACCACCACCACUAUGUCUUCACGCACCCCUCCCCCCGCCGAUGGAACGACGGCCGACUUCUCGUCAACUUCAAAUGUCAUCAACACCCCCACCUCCAGCAAUGUGGAUUCGGUUCAUAGCUGUCCUCAUAGCGAUCGCACAUUCACCUCACACUUCGGCCUGGUCGGUCUCUUGAAAAUCCAUCUCACAGAAGUUGGCAAACCAGUGCCUGGAGCAUCCUUCAUUACAUCCAUCUUCACGUCCACAUCUCCCACGAACAUUCAUGCACCUAAUGGGCCUACUAGGGCACAUGCGCACUCGUGAAAACCCGUGAUAGACAACCGCUGGCAACACCACAUCAUCACACUUUCCUCAACCAGCACCCGCACCUCCCAACAGCAUCACCCACCACAAACACCCAAUUGCCACUUUUCGUGCCUGAUCUCACUCUUUUGUGGAGCACACGGCACACAUCCUCGGCAACGGCGGUCGAAAUGCCACAUUGCUUCAGCACAUUCUGGGCCCAUACGUUCAUCUCUGCGUGCAUGUAAUUCUUUACUAAAAACGCACACAACUGCUACAUCACCUUUUCCCGCGCCCUAAAACCCUCAAACCAAUACUUUCGUGUGCAUAUAUGACCCCAUAACUAUUUCCGUAACUGCACCUAGCAGGUACUAGACGCUAGCCAAGGGGCAAAAAAUCAUCAUCAAUCGGCUGGCAGGUUCAUUUACACUUUUCAGGGGAAUUGGAGAUUUAUGUUGACCCUGAGGCAUUUUUCCUCAUGUCGAUUCAGCACAUUCUUUACCACACUAGCUUUGACGCAGUUGAACCUAUCGUAACGUGUCAAGGGUUCUGGCUGGUAGGUUUCCAGCUGUUGAGACGACUCAGCCCCGCUUUGGAAUGAAAACAAAAUUGCAACAAUCCCCUUUAUGUGGUCUUUAUAGAGCACAUGAGGUUUGUGAAGCCUAAGCCCAAGUCUGACACGCGUUAAAUGGAGCCCUUACAUUACUGCAUCCGAUCCCCUCCCCAGUAGGCUUGACUCAGGCACGCCGCUGACACAAGGGAGAGGGAGAAAUGCAUGAGGUCCAGAAGAAGAUUGGGCCUUUUGUACAAAUAAGAACAGGUCCCUCGUUUCACUAAAUAUUAUGUACUUUUGGACUAUCCCAAUGCCCUUAUAGUCGUGACUUAGAGAGUUUACAACUGGUUAUCUUAUUUACUCCCUUAGGCUGGAAACUAAUUUGCAAUGACUACCUCUUAGUGCCGCCUGUAUUGCAGCUUCCUUGGAAAGGAGAAUAGCCUACAGUUGCUACUGAAGAAUAACCCAUAUUUGUAGGUGUCGGCACGCCCCCAGCACGCAUAGGCGGAUGCCGGACUCCACGUUUGCCAGUGCGCCCAAUCUAUCCUCCAGCUGGCCUAAAUAUAAAUGUCUACUAUAGUUGGAGAAGGCAGACUGAGAAUGCGAGCUAUCCAUCCCGAAACGAAUGUUUGGCUGUCUCAUUAUAAACAAAUAACCGUACUCUUAAACUAACCCGAAGCGUUAGUAGUUGUGACUUUUAAAGUCUUCACCUGACGAGACAACUGCUUCAUCCUGUGGUGGUCCUCAUAUUGCGAUGCCUACUUAGUUUGGCCUCUAUGACAGCCGCACACGUGUUAGGAUCAUAACCUUCCUCGAAGGUGAAUUUGUGCGGUUUUUGAACAACCACACGCUUGUUACGUGAGGACGGUGUGGUAGACCGUUGGUUACUGGGUUCAUAGAUAGUACGUGAUCUAUCUUAUGGGACUUGUUUGUAACUCGCCACACCUGUCAUUACACUAAUUCUUAAAGGAUACUUAAGUGCGAACUCCACUAAGAGACCAUUUUCAUGUAUUAUUUUAUUUUAACUGUUGUAUUUACUCAGUGUUUUGCAUGUACAGGCUUUCUGCACAUGCAAAACUGAAGUUUGGAUGAUUACAACCGUUUCUGACUUUUUUGAAAUUUUCCGCUUUUCUAAUGAAACUGCUAUUUCUAAACAAUUUAACACUAUUUUUAAUAUUUCUUUUGCGUUUUCAAUUCCCUCAAAGCUGUCCAUUAGUAAUAUAGGUAUUGGUUUAAUGCAUUGGUGUCGGUUUGCGAGUGAGUAGCCGUCAUGAGUAAAUUUUGACACCUUUCACCAGUUAGGUUGUGGCGACUAGCCAUCCUGACUGGUCUGGCGUCAUUGUUCAAGACCUCGCUGUCUCAAGGUCAUUCACCCCUUGCAGCGAGCCGUCCCAGACGAGCUGACCUGAAGUCACAUGACCAACAGCUCGGGCAUACCUGCGUCCGCGCAGUCGCAGCUGCCCAUGCGGCCACUUGAACGCGCCACCCCCUGCAACCAGCAAAACAAGCUACUGGGACACCACCCCUCGGCAAAUGCAACACACGCUGACUGGACACCACUUGAGCUUGGCCCAUGAGCCUACAAAAGCGGCUGCCACCACUAUCUCAGGGACUCUCAGGCAUGACUGGACGCAGUCAACAUCAGCCCUGGCUUCGCCAGUGGCCACUGUCGCCUGAGAGGACAACUCCGGGUUCUGUGCACAAUAAACUCCUUAUUCUGGUCCUCUUUGUCUUCUCCCUUCAAACACUGGGAUCUGACCCGAGGAUGGUAGCACACAGACUGCACACACUCUCACCGCGUAACCACGACAAUUGGUGACAAAUCCGACGUGAUCGACGCGCAAUCAGCAGAUGUGGCUAAACUCAACCGCCACCAAUUUCCCACUCAACUUCGCCCUGUUGUUUUUCCUGUGUCACUCAUCGUGCCCAUGGAUAGGAAAACGCAAUUGCGUCACCUUGUCGCGAUUCCAGGUUGAAGUUGUCUACAAAGCUCAGCCAUACAAGUCCACGUCAAUCCUCAAUCAAACUCUGCAGACCAGACCUCCAAAUGUGUUGCCAUCUGAAUGCCUCUCGCUUGUCCGUGACAUUCUUCCGCCCAUUACCGACGAAACCAUCAUUCGUGAGUUACUUGCAUACACUCAAUAUGCUACGCCACAAGGUCACGCAUUGUGCUUUUCUACUAGUGUUAACUUCAGCCAGGAUGGGCCUACAAAAGUCUGUUUCAUUAUGAACAAACUCAAUUUAGACACAUAACUGAAUUUUAGACGUGGUGAUAAUGAUCUCAGGCGCUCAUCACGGACGAAGUAUCAUUUGCCAUCUGAGAGAAUCCCAGUUAUCCACCGAAUGAUUUUGCAACACGACAACUUACAUUGAACUACUGGUCGUUGGAAACACUAUGCUGCCACCAAUUACUACUAAGCAAUUCUCCGCACCCUUGGUAUGCGAAAUGCGUCAGUAACCGAAAUAAAGCUAAAUAGAGUGGUGGAGAGCAGGAAUUUCACGUUCUGAAUGAACUUUUGCAUAGAAAAAAAGAAGUCGACCCUUGUGGAGAAAGUACAGUUUGCAUAACUUAGCAUUUAUUUUCGCCCUAACGACAAGGGAAGGCGUGAAAUUAUCUCGAAGCAAAACACUGUCAUAGACCGGUAGUCAAGAGCCCCUUCAGUUAUCCCGGACCAAAGCAGCAAGAGAGCAAAAUCGAACAUUUCAGCAGACCCUUAGAAUAUUUUACUAUUUCACUUUUAAAAUAUUAACGAGUACAGUCAGUAAAAGUCGCGUUAGCUGUUGUUCUGUUAUCACAGUGAUAAAAAUGCUGCGAAUGAGUAGUUCAAAACUUGGGCUUUUUCAGAGCCAUGGUUUAGUUAGCACUUUCUUGAGGAAAAGCAUUCUGUCAUCCUUAACAUUGCAACUUACCCAUGUACCGCGAGAAGUGUUCAGAUGCCUGCAAACAGCUCUUCCUGACAGGACAAGAAGAGUAUAUGAAAAGAAAAAGUGAGGAAGACUGCCUUCGAUCGUGCAUAGAGGAUGCUAAGCAAGAUAGCAAAAGAAGAGCUUUGGAGUCCACCGAGCAGUACAAAGAAACGAAAAAGACGGUAUGAAUGUUUGUUUGAUUUUGUUUUUCUAACGAUGAUUUAAAUUGGAGAUUAAUCGUACGUCCGGAAGGCGUGUUCGGACAAACGUAAAAUGAAAUUGCAUACACCGACUUAAGUUGGAAGUGCGAUCUUCCGCUCCUCCUCCACAUGGCCUCUACGGCAGUAAUACAUAUUCGAGACCCGCAUCACCCACCUGGCGUUGCGUGGGGCGAACAGGCCGCGGGUGGCAGGCGCAGACGGGCUAUUUUUGCCCUGUCAGUUGUUCCUCCCGAUCUCCACAUCAGUUGACUGGCUGGUCCGGACGAUCGAUCAAUGCAUGUGGGGUAGGGAGGAGGGAUCGAGGCUCGCUCCGGAGCCUCCAUCACCAUGGUACUUCUGCAUAUUCUUUAUUAUAAUAAAUCUAAUGCGCUGAAUCUAUCCCAACGUGCGGAACAUCGUGGAUUUUAAGGUUGUCAACUGGUAAGACCUCGCAAUCGGCCCUGCAUGUUUUUGUGUGGAGCGGUGGACUGUGAGCCAGGCUCGCUGGGUCCUCCUUAACAAUGUCUCUGUGGAACUUUCACGCAUGCGAUAUCUGAGCCGCCCAUUCCUUCAUGCUGAAAACUGUGGUGUAGAUGGCCAGUUCGUGGGUGCGGCAUGCGCAGACGGGGUAUUUUGUGCUGUCAGCCACUUGUGCACCAGGUCUACGCAGCAGAUGAUCGACCGGCUUGGACAGUUGACUGAUGCCUGAGAGAUGAAAGAGAAAGUUACCUCAGUUCUGGUGACUGCGUCUCUACAGCACUUAGCGCGUACUCCCUGCUAUGCUCAAUUUGACUGGAUUUAAAACUAUCAGGGUGCACUAGAACUCGUGGCCUGGAAGGCUGACAACUGAUAAAAUAGCUCGGUCCUUCUUUCAGAAGGGAGACCCGGGCAGCAAUGGUUCCUUUUUAAUGCGCUCCCCGCGGCGCUCCCAUUCAGUUGGGAUCUGAGCCGCCCUUUUCAUUUUUGUGUGAAAGCCUUGUCCAUUGUGCGCGGACCAGGCAUGUGUGGCAAACGCAGGCGGAUUGCCUAGCUUUGCCAACUGCAGUGCCCAAUGUCGCACACGGUCUUCUUGACUAUCUUGACACCGGACUUAUAUGGGCAAGGAAGGGGAGAGUACGUAGAUGCAGAGCAAGUCUACGAUCACGAUAAACUAAGUCACCCGCCAUACACCCAACCUGCGGUGGGGCACAUGGUUGACAUAGUCGGUAACGACGGUCGAAUUGUCAUGUAAGAGCGAACUAAGGUCAUACUUGUGCGAUCUCCCCAUACACGGACUGUUUUCGAGUUUCCAUCACUAAUCUUUGUGAGACAGAAGACUCUAGAUGCAGAAAUACGUAAGAACCGGACUACUGUUUUUCCCGCCGCCUACUCGACAAGACAGGGAUCUGUCUUACAGUGCAUCCGCAUGCGUUAUAAAUUCAAACCAAACCUAAUAAAAUAUGUUCGGCCAGGCACAUCAUACUGAAAAAUUGUAAUUUUAUCGGAGUAAGGGGGAAUUUUCGAGUUUGCAAAACAAUUCGGAACGUACCUAAAACGCCAAAUAGCCUACACAGGACUAUAAAAUGCCGUAUUUAUAAGUCAAUCUUCCCUCAACGAAGCACUGUCGGCAUCGGAAAACCUUUUCGUAAUCAAAACCUCGCACCGACGAGCACAGAUUAUCUCCAAAAGUGUCAGACACACCUGACAUGCAAACAUAAGUAAUUUCAUGUAAGUUAAAGUUGUUCAGUUUGUUGAUUUUGGUAUCUUAAUCUCGAUGCUCUUGCUUGCGAACACAGUUUAGACUAUCAAUUUUCCUUUGUAGUCUACUGGGAACGGUUAUUUUAGACAUGGCCAUGGUAUUUAUUCAAAAAUUUAAAGAAGGCCUUAGAUUGACCUGAUGUCAUCCAACAAACGUCCUACUUCAGAUCAAGAAAAAGCUUGAUGGUCUCUACCAGGAUUCUUUUCCCGAGGUUGCGGAAGCCCUUCUGUCUGACCUCCGACAGGCAAUCUAUGAACUGUGGAAUGAUCUCAUGGGCAAUGAGGUCUCAUUAGUUGAUCAGUUGGAGGAAAUUAUCACCGAUUUUGGAAGAAACAUGUCGGAAAUGGUUUCCGGAUUCACGGAAAGCGUCCAAGUAAGGCGGCGUUUUACGAUGAAUAAUCAUGCAGCAUUAGCUUUUAUCGACACAACCUACCAAAGUUAAUCUCCGUUUGGUAUUUUGCAAAAUUGCUAGUUCAAGUAUCGGCCCCUCGCAUCUCCGUUUCUUAUUCAAGAAUAUCGCUUGACUAAAUACUAAAUACACACUGCUAGUAUUAGAUGUUUGAGCAAAGUAGAAGCUCGGAUGUGCCGAAGAUUGUAGUAUUAAAGAAAAUUCGGGAUAGCUGCCGACCGGAAAGGUCCAAAAGGGAGCAACUAAAACUUAGAAUUUAAGCAAGGCAAAAGCGUGUAUAAGGGCUUGGUCAGUGUAAAAUUGGAAGUUUGGCAGUUAACUAUUUUGCAGAGAGUGCUAAUACCGCAAUAUGUUUCAAACUUCCCAAAGGUUUGUUUCUCGAAAAUUCGCGAAUCAGCAGCCAGUUUUAACGAGCGAUUGGCUGAAAUGACUCUAACCUACGCCGAAAGACUAGCUAAGACGGAGCAACAACAACAGAAAUCCGACCAUGAAGCUUCUGUAAGUCAGUUCCCUAUUGAAUUCUCCCCCGAGGAAUAUCAUGAAGGCGCAAUCACGCAUAAUCAUGCGUAAUUUUUGCAAAAAUAACUCCUAAUUUAACAACUACUGUCUCCACGUGUCAAAAUCACAGCAAACUACCUUUUGAUGAGUAUGAGUGAGUACUUAACAAACUGAUGUUUUAGGGUAAUUUCUUGCCAUAGAUUACUCAAUUUCAUCUGCUGAGGGUUUAAUAAGGUCAUGCAUGCUGUGAAAAUGCGCCCCCCAAUUUAUUAUUGUAGAUCUAUCUGGAUAGAGACAAUUUGGUAAACGCCCUUAAUAAUUCAAAGGAAGUUCACGUUGCAGUCAUUGACAAAUGCGAGGAAAACGUCAACAAGAAUUUGAAACAGUGGCUGGAGAAUCUAAUUGAGGAUCUGCACCAAAAGGAAGAGUAUGAACGACACACCAAUCGAGUGAUUGAAAUAAACAUGUUUAUUGAUGACCAGAGGGUCGAUCUGGAGACCAGUGAGCUUCCUCAGAUCUAG